AUGAAAGAAGCCAUGCCGGUGCUCACAGCAGGAGCAGGGCUCCAUGAGACAUUGGCCCUGCUUACCUCGCAGCUGCGGCCUGAUGCCAACCACAAGGAGGACAUGGUCUUCCUUAAGGAUGUCUUCAGCGAGAGAAGUUUAGCAUACCUGAUGAAGAUCCAUGAGAGGCUGAGACAGUAUGAGAGACAGAGUCCAACUCCUGUAUUGCACAGCGUCUCUUCUCUAGCCGAAGAUGUGACGGACGAGCUGCAGAGUCGUCCGAUGAACACGGAGGAGGGAGAGCUGCUGCAUCUGCUCACGUCACCACAUUUCAAGGCCCUCUUAUCCGUGCACGACAUUGUCGCUCAGAAGAGUUUCGAUCCAGUCUUGCCGCCGUUGCCAGACGACUAUGACGACGAACUGGAAGAGGAAUCAGUAAAAAUCGUGCGUCUGGUGAAGAACAAGGAGCCUCUGGGCGCCACCAUUCGGCGAGAUGAGGCAAAUGGGGCUGUAAUUGUGGCUCGUAUCAUGAGAGGAGGUGCAGCAGACAGAAGUGGUUUGGUCCAUGUAGGAGAUGAACUCAGGGAAGUCAAUGGCGUCUCUGUGGUCCACAAGAGGCCUGACGAGAUCAGUCAGUUGCUGUCACAGUCGCAAGGCUCCAUCACUCUUAAGAUCAUCCCUGCUAUUAAAGAGGAAGACCGACUGAGGGAGAGCAAGGUGUACGUAAGGGCCUUGUUCGACUACAUCCCGUUGGAAGACAAGGCCACACCAUGCCAGGAGGCUGGACUUCCCUUCAAGCGGGGCGACAUCCUUCAGGUAGUGACCCAGGAUGACCCUACCUGGUGGCAGGCCAAACGUGUGGGGGACAGCAACCUGCGUGCCGGCCUUGUCCCGUCCAAACACUUCCAAGAGAGACGACUAGCCUACAGGAUGAAAGUGGGGACGCUUCCCAAUCCCAAGUCCCCCAAAACGCCUUCUUAUGACCAAGCGUGUGAUAAAGACGACUGUGACUGUGAGGGCUAUUUCAAUGGACAGUACAUAGUCUCUCCUAAGUGUAACGCAGUGGCGCCCUCCUGUGGUCAGGUGUUUUCCUGGGAAUUUUAUUCAGCCGGUCUGCGUAGAAGCUUCCGUCUCAGUCGGAAAGACCGACAAGGCUCCUCGAGUGACGGCUCUGACGCGGGAGAGUCAGAGUUCCUCACUUAUGAGGAGGUGACCCGUUAUCAACAGCGGCCCAACGAGAGGCCACGACUGGUUGUUCUGAUUGGUUCUCUCGGAGCACGGAUCAAUGAACUUAAGCAGCGGGUAAUUGCUGAGAACCCGCAUCGCUAUGCUGUGGCGGUACCACAUACCACCAGGCCAAAGAAACCUCAUGAGAAAGAAGGCGUGGAGUAUCACUUUGUCACCAAGCAUCAGUUUGACACAGAUGUCCUCAACAACAAGUUCAUUGAGCAUGGUGAGUACAAGGAGAACCAGUACGGCACCAGUAUUGAGGCCAUCCGCUCAGUGCAGGCCAAAAACAAAAUGUGCAUCGUCGACGUUCAGCCAGAGGCCUUGAGAAGGCUGCGGACAGCAGAGUUCAAACCCUACGUGGUUUUUGUCAAACCGCGUGUUCCAGAGAGCAGACGGCGACGCACUGCUGCUACUUCACCGGGAGGGGCGGAGCAAGGUCGCAUUACAGACGAGGACCUUCAGGAGAUGCGCCAGUCGGCCAUCCAGAUGGAUCAGCAGUAUGGACAUCUGGUUGACCGGGUACUGAUCAAGGAGGAUUCGGCCAGUGCCUGCACAGAACUGCGAAGUAUUUUGGAAAGACUGGAGCGUGAGUGUUUUUGGGUGCCUCUCAGCUGGGUUCGGACCUAA